CGUUUUCUGAUAAACCCUAGAAAGAGUCCAUUAAACCAUCAACAAUCAACCAAAAUCACCAAAAUUAGUAGCCAGCAUUGUGCAAGCAUCAAAAUCCCUAAAUUUUUUUCUUCUCUUCGAACUCAUUUGUCCUCCGAGUGAUGUAGCACGAGCCCGAGCUCAUGUUCGACACCCUGAAGCACCGUGUGGAUGAGUUUUGUGGGCCGGAACACAACAAUUCCGGUAGUGAUGAUGGUCACUGCACGGCCAACGCUGCUCUAGCCAGCAGCCUUGCUCGACCUUCCGCAAUAUGCCGUAUCUGGACGAGCAAUGGUCUUGUUGUUGUGCCUGAGACGGCCGACGCUACUUCCCAUGUGUUGCUUGCAUUCUGUUUUAUGUUUUAAUUGUUAAUUUGGAUUUUUUUUUUUUUUUUUAUUGUUUCCAGGAUGAGCAAAAGAUGUUAGCAGAGUAGGGGAGUGUGUCUUUUGCAUUUUGUGGGGAAGAGAGGGGACUAAAGUAACCAAAGCCAUCCUUUGCAAAUUCGGGAUCUUAUUCCCUCUUUUGUUAUUAGAGUUUCUCAGUUCUUAAUUAAAAAUUUCAUUUAUA